CCCCGGGGCAGACAGCACCGGUGGUGUUUAACCCGCCACCAGCGACCCAAAUGAACACGCCUUCUCAGCCCCGCCAGUGCAUUAUUUGAUAAUGAGUGCCCACAGGAGACACGCCUAGGUUAUGGGGGUGCCCCUAACGGGGAGCCCCACAGAGCUGGGAGCAGUGCACCUGGGGUGGCCCUAAUGGAGCUUACAUCUUUUCUGUCUCCUCUCUUCUCCUGGUGGUCGCAGUAGCUCUGGUCAUUGUCCCUUGUUGCCACUCUAGCCCGUGGGGGAGAGGAGCCCCAUUUUUUCUCCCCUGCUUCCUUCCUCCUAAGAAGGGAUGUUUCUUUCCCUAUUCUCCUCACUCCAUCCCUGGCCACCUGGGGGAUAAUUCUCUUCUUUCCUGUCCCCAUGUGCUCUCAGGGAGGAUUCAGGUCUCUGCAGCAUUUCUAUCCAAGCCGGGCUCAGCCCCCCAGUAGUGCAGCCUCCCGAGUGCAGAGUGCAGCCCCCGCCAGGCCUGGCCCGGCUGCCCACGUCUACCCUGCGGGUUCCCAAGUGAUGAUGAUCCCCUCCCAGAUCUCCUACCCGGCCUCCCAAGGCGCCUACUACAUCCCUGGACAGGGUCGGUCCACAUAUGUUGUCCCAACACAGCAGUAUCCAGUGCAGCCAGGAGCCCCCAGCUUCUAUCCUGGAGCAAGCCCCACUGAAUUUGGGACCUACGCCGGUGCCUACUACCCAGCUCAGGGUGUGCAGCAGUUUCCACCUGGCGUGGCCCCCGCCCCAGUCAUGAUGAACCAGCCGCCCCAGAUUGCUCCCAAGAGGGAACGAAAGACGAUUCGGAUCCGAGAUCCCAACCAGGGAGGGAAGGAUAUCACAGAGGAGAUCAUGUCUGGGGCCCGGACCUCCUCCACCCCCACUCCUCCCCAGACAGGAGGAGGUCUGGAGCCUCAGGCCAAUGGGGAGACUCCCCAGGUUGCUGUCAUCGUCCGCCCAGAUGACCGGCCUCAGGGAGUGACCGUCGGGGGCCGGCCGGGGGGUGGCCCAGAGCACAGCCCCUCUGAAUCUCCAUCGCAGCCAUCCUCUCCUUCCCCGGCCCAGUCACCACCACCUCCAGUUUUACAGCCAGGGCCUGAGCCGGGCCUCUCGGGCCUCCCCAUUACCGAGGACACGGUGGCAGCCACGGUGGUCAUGGAGAUUUCUGUUCAGGAGCCCGCCCCCACCACUCACAACGCACCAGAGCUGCCCUGCCCCGGUCUCGCUCUCCAGCAGCCCUGUGCCUCCCCUGGACCCUCCCCAGAGGCAGAAGUGACUAGUCCUCCGCCAGCCCCUGAGCCUGCCACUGCCCAGGCUCCCAGCCUCCAACAGCCUCCGGACACCGAGCUUUCUCCCGAGCCCAACGGCGUGGCCCCCACGGAGGAGCCCGAGGCCCAGCCAGAGGUGGGCCAGGCUGAAGCGGUUCCUGUGCCGCCAACCCCCCCAGCCUGUCCCCAGGAAUUCACAGUUGUGGCCCCUACGGCCCAGCCUGAGGAGCUGCCCAACGGGACCCCCUCUCCCCCAGCCACGGACCUGAGCCCUAUUGCUGAGCCCGAGGAGCCGGCUGAGGAGGUGGCGGUGGUGGCGGCGGCGCCAGCACCAGCGCCGGCACUCCCCGCCCUCCCUGCCGACCUUCCCGGGCCACCUGCUGCACCUCCUGCCCAGGAGGAAGAGCUAGAGAAUGAGGAGGAGGAGGAGGAGGACGAGGAGGAAGGGGAGACUGAAGGGGAGAAGGGAGGAGAGGAAUCGUUGCCCCCUGAGACCACCCCCACCCCAGCCCCCCUUCCCCAGAGCCUUGACGAGACAGCCACCCAAGUGGUGGCAACAUCUGUGCCAAAGAGGAGACGGAGAAUCAAGGAACUGAACAAGAAGGAGACCAUGGGCGAUCUGUUGGAUGCCUUCAAGGAGGGGAAUGAGGGCGUGCCCGAGUCGGAAAGUCAGUCCCCUGCGGGCAGGGCGCCAACCCCCGAGCCUGAGGGUGGCCUGCGGAGCCCCCGGCCCGAGGAGGCCGAUGAGACCUGGGAGGAAAAGGAAGACAAGAUCGAUGAUGCUGAGAACAUCCAGCCUGGGGAUCAGAAGUACCAGUACAAGUCAGAUCAGUGGAAGCCUUUGAAUCCGGAGGAGAAGAAGCGCUACGACCGGGAGUUCCUGCUCGGAUUCCAGUUCAUUUUCGCCAGUUUGCAGAAGCCGGAGGGCCUGCCUCACAUCAGUGAUGUGGUGCUAGACAAGGUAAACAAGACCCCCCUGAGGCCGCUAGACCCCACCCGGCUAACCAUCAUGAACUCUGGCCCUGACUUCACCCCGUCUUUUGCCAACCUGGGUCGGCCUAACCUCAGCAGUCGCGGCCCCCCAAGAGGGGGCCCUGGUGGGGGACCAGGCAGCGAGCUACCCCGAGGACCGCCGGCUGGCCUUGGCCCCCGGCGCUCCCAGCAGGGCCUUCGGAAGGAGCCGCGAAAGAUCAUUGCCACGGUAUUGCUCAGUGAGGAUGUGAAGCUUAAUAAAGCCGAGAAGGCCUGGAAGCCCAGUAGCAAACGUGGCCCUACGGAAAAGGACCGGGGAGAAGAAGAUGCUGACGGCAGCAAAACCCAGGACCUGUUCCGAAGGGUGCGAUCCAUUCUGAACAAGCUGACGCCCCAGAUGUUCCAGCAGCUGAUGAAGCAGGUGCAGCAGCUGGCCAUCGACACGGAGGAGCGCCUCAAAGGGGUCAUCGACCUGAUCUUCGAGAAGGCCAUCUCAGAGCCCAACUUCUCGGUGGCCUAUGCUAACAUGUGCCGCUGCCUCAUGGGGCUGAAGGUGCCCACCACCGACAAGCCCACGGUCACCGUCAAUUUCCGGAAACUGCUGCUGAACAGGUGCCAGAAGGAGUUUGAGAAAGACAAAGACGACGACGAAGUAUUUGAGAAAAAGCAGAAGGAGAUGGAUGAGGCGGCAACGGCAGAGGAACGAGGCCGCCUGAAGGAGGAGCUGGAGGAGGCGCGAGACGUCGCCCGCCGACGCUCCCUCGGCAACAUCAAGUUCAUCGGGGAGCUGUUUAAGCUAAAGAUGCUGACGGAGGCCAUCAUGCAUGACUGUGUGGUCAAGUUACUGAAGAACCACGAUGAGGAGUCCCUGGAGUGCCUCUGCCGGCUGCUCACCACCAUCGGCAAAGACCUGGACUUUGAGAAGGCCAAGCCCCGCAUGGAUCAGUAUUUCAAUCAAAUGGAGAAGAUCAUUAAGGAAAAGAAGACUUCGUCGAGGAUCCGGUUUAUGCUACAGGAUGUGUUGGAUCUCCGAAGAAGCAGCUGGGUGCCACGCCGGGGAGACCAGGGCCCCAAGACCAUCGACCAGAUUCACAAGGAGGCCGAGAUGGAGGAACAUCGCGAGCAUAUCAAAGUCCAGCAGCUCAUGGCCAAGGGCGGGGACAAGCGUCGGGGCCCUCCGGGGCCUCCCCCAGGCAGCCGAGGGGGUUUGAUUGUGGAUGAUGGAGGCUGGAAUACCGUUCCCAUCAGCAAAGGCAGCAGACCCAUUGAUACUUCCCGGCUCACCAAGAUCACUAAGCCUGGAUCCAUCGACUCCAAUAACCAACUCUUUGCCCCUGGCGGACGCCUGAGCUGGGGCAAGGGCAGCAGUGGGGGCAUGGGAGCCAAGCCCUCUGACUCAGCCUCUGAGGCAGCCCGGCCGUCCACCAGCACUUUGAACCGAUUCUCAGCCCUUCAGCAGACAGCCCCCCCGGAGAACACCGACACACGGCGUGUGGUACAAAGGAGCAGUCUGAGCCGGGAACGCGGUGAGAAAGCUGGGGAUCGCGGAGACCGCCUGGAGCGUAGCGAGCGGGGAGGGGAGCGUGGGGACCGCCUGGACCGAGCUCGGGCCCAGAUCCCCAAGCGGAGCUUCAGCAAGGAAGUGGAGGAACGGAGCCGAGAGCGACCCCUCCAACCUGAGGGUCUGCGCAAGGCGGCCAGCCUGACCGAGGAGCGGGACCGCAGCCGGGAUGCGGUGAAACGGGAAGGAGUCGCCGCCCCUGCGGGUCCCUCUAAGGCUGCGCUGUCUGAGGAAGAGCUAGAGAAGAAGUCAAAAGCCAUCAUUGAGGAGUUCCUGCAUCUCAAUGACAUGAAGGAAGCGGUACAGUGCGUGCAGGAACUUGCCUCCCCGUCGCUGCUUUUCAUUUUCGUUCGGAACGGCAUCGAGUCGACCCUGGAGCGCAGUGCCAUUGCCCGCGAGCACAUGGGCCAGUUGUUGUACCAGCUUCUCUGUGCCGGUCACCUCACUACCAUCCAAUAUUACCAAGGGCUCCAUGAGAUCCUGGAAGUGGCUGAAGACAUGGAGAUUGACAUCCCCCACGUGUGGCUAUACUUGGCAGAACUGGUGACUCCCAUCCUUAGGGAAGGUGGGGUGCCCAUGGGGGAGUUUUUCAGGGAGAUAGCAAAGCCACUGAAACCCCUCGGCAAAGCGUCCGCCCUGCUGCUGGAGAUCCUGGGGCUUCUGUGCAAAAGUGUGGGUCACAAAAAGGUCGGGGUGCUGUGGCGAGAGGCUGGGCUCAGCUGGAAGGAAUUCCUCCCUGAGGACCAGGACGUCAACGCCUUUGUCAUUGAGCAGAAAGUAGAAUACACACUGGGAGAGGAGUCCGAGCCCCCGGCCCGGCGAGAGCUGUCCCCCGAGGAGCUGAGCCAGCAGCUGAAGAAGCUGCUUCAGGAGAGCGCCAGCAACCAGCGAAUCUGUGACUGGCUCGAGGCCAACCUGAGCGUGCAGCAGCUGGCCUCCCAUACCUUGGUCCGCGCACUCCUGACCGCCGUCUGCUGUUCAGCCAUCAUUUUCGAGUCCCCCUUGCGGCUGGAUGUGGCCGUGCUGAAGGCGCGAGCGAAGCUUCUUCAGAAGUACGUGAAUGACGAGCAGAAGGAGCUGCAGGCGCUCUACGCCCUCCAGGCGCUUGUGGUCACCCUGGAGCAGCCAGCCAACCUACUACGCACGUUCUUCGAUGCGCUCUACGAUGAAGACGUGAUCAAAGAGGAGGCCUUCUACAGCUGGGAGAGCAGCAAGGACCCCGCCGAGCAGCAGGGGAAGGGCGUGGCCCUCAAGUCUGUCACUGCCUUCUUCAUGUGGCUGCGUGAGGCCGAGGACGAGUCUGACCACAACUGAGGGCAGGGGCCGGCCAGGGGCCACCCGAAUGGACCGCGCGGACAGCAGCCGCACAGACUGCAGGGGGGGCUGCGGCGUGCGCCUGUAGCGCGGUGUGUGUCUGAGCUAAUAAAGUGGUGGCUGUCGAGGCAGGAUGGCUUGGGGCUGCCUGGGCCCCCCCCCCAGGACGAUGCCAGGCGCCCCUCCCCCCGGGGGCAUAGAGAUAUAUUAUAUAUAAAGUCAUAAAAAUUGGUGUGGGGGUGGGGUACCACCGCCUACCCCUGGGGUCCUUUUUUUUAUUUUAAGGAAAUCACUUUUGGGACAGCGUCCUCGCUGCUGGGGGCGUUCCGCCCCAGCCCCCCUCCCCGCACCUCCUCUGCUGCUGCCUGGGCAGGGGAAAGGGGGGGCACGGUGCCUGUAAUUAUUAAACAUGAAUUCAAUUACG